AUGAGGACCCCCCUCGGCGCACUGCGCCUACAGACGAAUUUCGAUGCCGCUGAGUCGGAUCGCCAUGUCUCAGAUGCGGAUUACCGGGGGGAUUCCGGGUCUUCCCCGGGCGAGCACAAGAUGCCCCGCGUGAGCGCGGCGCCGAAAUACACCGCCGCGGAGGAGAAGGAGGUGGUGCGACUCUUCGACUGGAAGCUGGUUCCUUUUCUGGCGCUGCUGUACCUGCUCUCUUUCUUGGAUCGCUCUAAUAUCGGGAAUGCGAAGAUCGCCGGCCUCGACCAAGACCUGCACCUUUCCUCAUCGCAGUAUGAAUGGGUUCUGACUGCGUUCUACAUCACUUACAUUCUCUUUGAAUGGAUGACACUGAUGUACCGCGUCGUCCCACCGCAUAUCUACAUCUCCCUUUGUGUCUGUGGCUGGGGACUGAUUGCAUCUUUCCAAUGUCUGGUCACCUCAUUCGGCGGACUAUUCACCCUGCGCGCAUUACUAGGCAUCACUGAAGCGGCGUUUGGUCCCGGCGUCCCAUUCUAUCUCUCCUUGUUUUAUCGCAGAGAAGAACUGGCUUUCCGCAAUGGACUGUUCAUUUCCGCGGCGCCGCUGGCUACCACCUUUGCGAGUAGUCUCGCCUGGCUAAUUGUCAAACUAAGCAGCCAUGGAUCGAUUUCCCCGUGGCGCAUCCUGUUCUUGCUCGAAGGAUUUCCCAGUGUCAUCGUUGCGGUCUUUGCCUGGGGCUUGAUCCCGGACUCGCCCGGUCGUGCCCGCUUUCUUACCCGGAGGCAAAGAGUCGUGGCUCAGUUGCGGCUUGGAGAGAACAGGGAUGAGUUUCAGGGUCCUCAGUCCGCUUUUGAUUGGCAAGCAGUUGGGAAGACACUGUCGGAUCCCAAGGCCUACAUCACUGCCGUAAGUGGGACGAUAUAUUUCCCGAAACGCUUGACUAAACUCGUGCAUGCAGUUCAUGUUCUUCAGCUGUAA